GAAUGAGAGAAUUAAAAUAUUAAGAAUAAUAUUAGAGUGAGAGCAACCUUUUCCCCAUUUAGUUACUGAAUUUCGAAUCCCAUCCAGAGCCAAUUCUGCUUCGUUCUUGGUCCUCGUACAGGCGGCAGCAGCCGCGUACAACCCUUCUUGUCACCAGAAACCGAAAAUACACAGCAGCAACAACACCCUCCUUGACUGAGACGCUGCAACGGCACCCACACCACCUGCCAGCCUGCGUUUUGGUCAAAAUAAGAGGGCUGACAGCCUUCUUGUGGAAUUCAAGAGUAAAUCAAUCACCCCCUCUUUCAUUUUUCUCUUGUCUAGUAGAAAGAAUUAGAAGAAUGGGGAAAAGAAAGCGAAAUUCAAAACAUCUUGAGCCCUGCUCAACAAAGAGGGUAGAGUCAAAAAGCGGUGAACCAAUAACUAUAGGAGACGAGGUAGAACUUUGUGACAAGAUGUUAAUGCACCAGGCGACUGCGGAUGAAGGCGUAAGCGAGGACAAGGAGAUUAAUAUUUGUGGCAUUCCCUACUCUCUUGUUUGUAACAACACACAAGCAGGUGUCACAUUUGUUCUUGAGAAAGCUUCGCUAACCCUUGCUUAUGUUGGAAAAAAGUAUCAAAUAUUAUCAUCAGAUGAGCAUGCUGGUUAUAUGCGCAAGAGGAAUUUAAAUCCAUAUAGUUACAGGCCUGACAUUGUUUAUGAGGCACUCUUGCAAAUCAUGACUAGUCAACUUUGUAUGGCUGGAAGGAUAAAGGCAGUGUACAUACGGACAGAUGAAGGAGUUCUGAUCAAAGUAGAACCUUAUGCUCGAAUACCAAAGUCAUUCAGAAGUUUCUGCAAUAUGAUGGCUGAAUUACAACAAAAACUCUGUAUCAAAGCCAAGGGUAAGGGUGGAAAACUUUUGCGUGUGAUUGCCAACCCUAUAACCAAGCAUUUAUCUUCUCCAUCCCGUAAGAUAGGUCUUUCAUUCAGCUCAGAGAAAGCUGUUGAGUUGCGAGAGUAUGUCAGUGGAAUCAACAGUAAACAAGAGGUUGUGUUUGUGGUCGGUGUGAUGGCUCAUGGCAAGAUUGAAUGUGAUUACAUUGAGGACCUUGUAUCAGUUUCUCGCUUUCAUCUAAGCUCUGAGGAUUGUUUGAGACAUAUAUGCAUUGCCAUGGAAAGGAAAUGGAGCGUAUGUUGAAGCACAAGUGUGUUAGAGUUUCUUAAAUUAUAUAUUACGUCUUAAUUAUUAUUUACAAGUCUGAGGAGUUUAAUUCUUACUAAAUUUGUAAUUUUGUUAUUAAUUAAGAAUAUAUUGAUAUUGCUUAUUAUAUAUAUAUAUAUAUAUAUAUAUAUAUAUAUAUAUGUAUAUAUAU